UCGUCUCUCGUCAGUAGAUCUUGCGUCUUUUCUAAACGAGGAUCGACGGCAGCAGAAUUUGAAUUCAUUUCUACCAAAAAAUGAAGAUCUUUUAUUCUGUUGUUUUCCUGCUUGCGUUCACGUCUUCACUGCUCACGGGCGCUGCUAGCAAAGAAAAUGGUAUACCAGAUUUCACUGCCGAAGAUGUGCAGUGGGCCGCGGAAAGUGGACUGCAAAAAAUCCAGCACAACAUAGAAUUGGAAAAUCGUCUUUUAUCCGAAGGUCUGAUUGGAAACAAAAUUAAAUGUCCAGCUCGCAGAAAUGUGCACCAAAAAAGAAGCGUUUCCAGUGAAUCCCGUCAGCAAUCUAUUCAAGCACUUGGAAUCGUCGAAGCAUCUAAAAAUCUCAAAGAGAGACUAAACCUAAGCGGAAGAGAGGCCAGUCAGAUGUUACCUAAACUGUCGCUAAAAAAUACGCCUCUGGAACGCGCCUGCUCCGAACCGAUCACGUGUCCAGCUCCCGCAUCCAAGUACAGAUCAUUUGAUGGCUCUUGCAAUAAUUUGUUACAAGUGAAUUGGGGUCGUCGUAAUACCAUUUUUCGACGUUUGUUACCAGCUCAAUACGGAAACGGUAUUGAUUCACCUCGUCCAGCAACUGAUGGAGGGGAAUUGCUUAACCCGCGUAACAUCAGCUUAACCAUUGUCGGAGACGAUGGCCCUAAUUCGACUGACGUAACCCUACUCGUUAUGUCUUUUGGCCAGUUCGUAACGCAUGAUAUCACAUAUUCAGAGGACUUUACUUUUGAAAAUGGGUCUAGCCCUGCAUGUUGCGAUAGCCAAGGACAGUUGCUUCCACCAAAUGAUUUGCAUCCACAGUGUUUACCUAUCGAGUUGUACGAAGGAGAUCCAAAUUUCAUUGCCAGUGGUGACACUUGCAUGAGCUUUACCCGUUCAAAAGUGGGCGUAGAUUUGAGCUGCACCUUUGGCCAAGCUGAACAGUUGAAUAGCAAUACCCACUACCUUGAUGGAUCCCAAAUUUAUGGUAGCGAUGCCACCAUAUCAAACAGUCUACGUACUGGAGUCGACGGACUGUUAAAGUCUUCGGAUGUCGGUGGCCGCCAGCUGUUUCCUAUUACACCCGGCUGUGAAAAUUUAAUUAAUCACGAACUAGCAGUUUGCUUCCAAGCAGGUGACGACAGAGUCGAAGAGAAUCCACAGCUAACUGCCAUCCAUUUGCUGUUUUUACGCGAACACAAUCGUAUCGCGAAAGAACUCAAAGCACUUAACCCACAAUGGAGCGAUGAAAUUCUGUUCCAGGAGACUCGCCGUGUUGUCAUUGCCGAAUUACAACACAUCACCUACAACGAAUACCUGCCUGUUCUUCUAGGCUCACAAGUAAUGGUGGAUAGUGGUUUGGUUUUGCCAAGUAGUGGUUAUGGAACAGGUUACGAUAGCAACGUCGAUCCUUCGAUAUCGAACGAUUUCGCAGCUGCAGCAUUCCGGGUGACACAUUCCUCUAUUCAAGGAACUCUGAGUUUGUUCAAUGCCGCGGACGAACAAGAAAUGGAACGAAGCUUCACACUGAGUCAAUAUUUCUUUGAUGCUUCCCGACUGAUGGACGAUCCCGGCUUUUUUGACUCGGCUCUGCGUGGUCUAACUAAACAAGCACCUCAAACUAUUGACGGACUAUACACCGAUGAAGUGGCCGAUAAACUAUACAUUGGACAGAAAAAAUCCGGCGGCGAUUUGAUUGCCAUAACAAUCCAGCGUGGAAGAGAACACGGCAUCCCGAGCUACAACGACUUUCGUGAAUUUUGUGGAAUGCCCAAAGUUCAGUCGUUCGACGAACUCAUCAACGAGUUCGUCCAAGAGGACAUUGAUUUGCUGAAGACUGCUUACAGAUCGGUGGACGAUAUCGACCUGUACAUUGGCUGCUUAUUUGAAACUCACGUGGAAUCUGAAUCAGGUGUGCUGAUGGGACCGACAGCUCUAUGCAUCACAGCUGAGCAAUUCCAGAAAACUAAAAAUGGGGAUCGUUAUUUUUACGAUAUCGGUGGUCAGCCUAACUCGUUCACACCAGAUCAACUCAAUCAGAUCCGCCAAACGAGUUUAGCGCGGCUCGUGUGUGACAAUAACGACGGAUCAGUGACGACCAUGCAGCCAUUCGCCAUGAGAAGUCCAGUUGGAACGAACCAAAGGAUUCCGUGCACUUCUCUCCCGACAAUGGACAUGACAUACUGGAAAGAAAUUUAAUGGCCUGUAACUAUUAAUAAUUUGGUUGUUACUCCAGUCCAUUCUCUUCUGUAACGUAGUUUUCUAACACCAUAAUCCUCUAGCAAAUGUUAGUUUUUUCCUAGUUUGCUGUAUGAGCUCAUUGCCUUUUAUGAGUUGGUCGAAACUUCGACGGCAGUCUCCCCGUAAAAUCGCUAACGCAUUCAAAUAUCUUGGAUGAUAUAGCAUAUACCUGCAGUAUCAAAAGCUGUAUAGAUAGAUAUUCAUCAUCACGACAUCGUCCUGCUAAUGGUAUUACACAACAUGAAUCUUCCAUUAAGGAGUUUCGAGGAAAAAAAGAAAGUGAUCCCACCUGCACGGCUUUUAUUUAUAAGAAACAAACUCUUUCUUAAUUUCCCACGGUGGUUAUUGCUCCUAAAUUAUCCGAUGGAUUGUGUUCCCCACUUUCACCUAUCAGCGACAGACAUUGUCCUUCUUGCCCUUUCCUUGCAACACGAUGUUUACGAUCCUCUGACGUGCGGUUGCUACAAGACAUGACUCACGACCAAAAGAAUUUUUGCUAUUAAUGAGCCAACCGGAAAUGAAUGCGGAAACUAUGCCCACUCGUAAUCGCAAGUUUAUCGUCUAUUUUCUUGCACAAUAUCAGAGUUCUUCACAAAACCUUUCUGUAAAAAGAAGAAACUAUCGGCUGUGAUUUGAGAUUUAUCGGCUACUCAUUAACAUCGCUGUUUUACGUGGAUAUAGGCUCGCAUGACGCAAUACGUUUCACGCGCAGAAUUUCCACAUUGCCAUUUUUAAUACGAUCGAAAUGGUGCAGCCACCUUUUCCUACCGCUAUCACUUUAUCGGACGGGACGUAUAUAUGCACCUCGUUAUAAGUAAGCUCAGGAAAUAAAAAAAACGGCGUCACUAUUCAACACGAUGUCGAUACUGAAGGUUGUCUCCGUUUGUCUCGUGAUUUUGCUGGUCUGUGGUCCUCCCGCACUUGCAGGACCUGUGGCUUCAGAUGAUUUGAUGGAUUCCGCUUCUUCCAGUUUGACUUGGUCACAACGAGGUGUUAUUCCCGUUCGUCACAACACACGAAGACCUAACGUCAAUAAAGAAGGAAAUCAAAGAUUUUUUGGAGGGGCUUACAAGGCUGGCUACGGUGCAUUCAGAGGUUAAGCAACCGGAAGUUUAACGCUAUCCUCAACGUAUUAUAGAGGAACAACUCAUCACAAUCUCUUUUUUACAACUAUUUUAAUAUUAAAUGUAUCUACACUAAGCUUAACUCUUCAAAUGAGAAAUAAAAAAUAAAAAUAAUUAAAAAACCAA